AACGCGGACGACCCCAAGCGUCCACGUGCUUGCGAAUCAUGCCGCGGAUUGAAGGUACGCUGCGAUCAGGAUCCUGCACAUCCUGAGAUUCCCUGUAAGCGCUGUGCCAAGGCAGGCCGACCAUGCGUCAUUACGCAACCGAGCCGGAAGAGGCAGAAGAAAGCGGACAGCCGCGUGGCAGAGCUGGAGAAGAAGAUUGAUGCGCUGAGUGCAGCGCUGCAGCAGCAGCAGCAUCAUGCGCCGUCGUACAACACGCCAACGGCAGAGAUGAUGCAAGCUCACGGGAGCUUGGCGCAACCGACGCCGCAGUACGGACUCGCUGCUGGGCCGGAUAUGCCGUCGAGGAAGCGGCAGCGGUUGGAGGAUGCUGGUUAUCCCACGCAGGAGCCAGAUGGAUUAUACAAUGGCCAGCCAACAACCUCAGGUCGCACUUCAGUAAACCCGGACGAUGCGAUGGGUCGACGCUUCGUUGAUAUCGUUAGUGCUUGGGCGCCGACUACGAACGCGAAGCAGUUUCUCUACCACACCACACCUGAAGAGUUUACUGACCGGAUUAACGCUUUAAUCUCGCCCGAGCAAGCCGCGGUGCUCUUCAAGCGAUACACAGAAGAGCUAGCACCGCACUUGCCUGCCGUCGUCUUCCCGCCAACCAUGACUGCGGACCAAGUAUUCAAGGACAAGCCCAUUCUGUACGUCUGCAUUCUGUCCGCUGCCGCUUUCGGCACGCUCAACCCGGAGACUACACGCCAGUUGGUGCGAGAGGCUGUAGGCGCCAUCGCAGACUGUGUCGUGCGCAAUGGCGCCAAAAGCCUGGAGCUCAUUCAAGGCAUGCAAGUCGUGGCAUUGUACUAUAAGCCACCAGAGCGUGCCGAACAAACCAACUUCUACCAGAUCAUCCACAUGGCCGCCGUCAUGGCUCUUGACAUUGGUCUGGGCAAGCGCUACAAGCCCGCCAAAGCACGCCGUGGCUUCGGCGGUCCGAACGCGCAUUUCGCGCCUGGGCCUGGCAAGCGCGAGCCGCAGGACAGCGACACUUUGGAGGCUCGCCGAGCGUGGCUAACAUGCUAUUACCUCUGUGCCAGCGCUUCUAUGGUCCUUCGUCGGCCGAACUUGGUGCGCUGGACAAACUAUAUGAGGGAGAGCCUCGAUGUGCUGGAAUCGCACCCAGAUGCGUUGCCGAGCGACCGUCUCUUCUGCCAACACGUCAAAAUCCAGCACAUCUGCGAAGAAAUCGGCCUGCAGUUCUUGAUGGAUGACUACACGGCCAACAUAUCUCUCACGGACCCGAAAGUCACUUAUGCUUUGAAAGUGCUGGAGAAUGAUCUGAAAACGUGGAAAGAGAAUAUCCCACCGGAGUACCGCGAUGACCCGGGGUUGCGCUUCUUCGAGCACGUGACUUCCCUUUACUUGCACGAGAUUGCGCUGCACCUGAAUCACAAUGUCGAAGACUUUCGGAUUCCAUUUACAGAAGAGAGCUUGAAGUCCGUGAACAGCGUCUCUGACACGCCGCUAACCUCUAAUCAAGUCGCUGCGCUCGAAGCCUGCCUGCAAUCCGCUCAUGGCAUUCUGGAGACGAUGCUUUCCUACUCCACCACGAAGAUCAAGUCUCUGCCCGUCUUUCUAUUUUUCGUGCGCUGCGUUUACGCCCUCGUCAUCCUCAUCAAGAUGCACGUGGCAGUCUGCACGCCAGGUAGCGAGAUGGGGAAGAUGAUGAAGCCGGGGGAUCUGAAGGUUGAGUACUAUAUCGACCAGUUGCUGGCGACUUUUGGGUCUGCGGCGCCGAGUGGGAUGGGCAAAGGUCAUCCGAAGGUGUUGAGGAUUCUCGGACUCCUAAAAGAGUGGUUCGAUCAGCAUAAGAAGAAUACGGAAGGCGGGGCUAACGGUCAUCCGGGCAAGGCAAGGGCGAAGAUUGAUGGUGGAAGUGGUAGUGCUUAUCAACAGACGCCAUUGCAGAUGCUAAGUCAGGUUGCUACUACAGGCACGCAGCAGCAGCAGCAGCAGCAAGCACAGCAGCAACAACAUGGCCGACCGGAUGAAGCGGGCGGUGAUUCGAAAGACUGGUCUUUCAAC